AUGGCUCGUCGAAACGAAUCAGAGUCCGCGACAGGAUCGGGCACACAAGCACUUCAGGUCCCAGGACAACAGACCGCCGAGUCCAAGAAGCGCGUGGCUUACUUUUACGACCAAAACAUUGGAAAUUAUCACUAUGGACCUGGACACCCCAUGAAGCCACAUCGUAUCCGCAUGUGUCACAGUCUGGUCAUGAACUAUGGACUCUACAACAAGAUGGAGAUCUAUAGAGCGCGCCCAGGAAGCAAAAAGGAGAUGACGGCGUUCCACACGGAUGAAUAUAUCGACUUUUUGUCGAGAGUUUCUCCCGACAACAUGGAAGCAUACGCAAAGGAACAAAUCAAGUUCAACGUGGGUGACGAUUGUCCCAUCUUUGAGGGAUUGUUUGAGUACUGCCAGCUUUCCGCCGGAGGAUCCAUGGAGGGAGCGGCGAGAUUGAACAAUGGCUCGUGUGAUAUUGCAGUCAACUGGGCAGGAGGACUUCACCACGCCAAAAAGACAGAGGCGAGUGGAUUCUGUUAUGUUAACGACAUUGUGCUUUCGAUUCUGGAGCUGUUGAGAUAUCACCCGCGCGUACUCUACAUCGAUAUUGAUAUCCAUCACGGAGAUGGAGUCGAGGAGGCUUUUUACACCACCGACCGUGUCAUGACCGUCAGUUUUCACAAGCACGGCGAAUAUUUCCCAGGCACCGGUGAAGUCAGAGAUGUGGGAGCGGGACCAGGAAAGUACUAUGCCGUCAAUUUUCCUCUUCGGGAUGGUAUUGACGACACGACAUACAAGAGCAUUUUCGAGCCUGUGAUUCAACAUGUGGUCGACUGGUACAAGCCCGGCGCCAUCGUAUUACAGUGUGGAGCCGACUCUCUCAGCGGUGACAAGCUUGGCUGCUUCAACCUCUCCAUGAAAGGUCACGCGAAUUGUGUUGCGUUUGUGAAGAAGCUGAACUUGCCACUGUUGAUUCUAGGAGGAGGCGGAUACACGAUGAGGAACGUGGCAAGAGCAUGGUGUUACGAGACGGGAGUUGCAGUCGGACAGGAGGUUGGGCCAGACAUGCCGUUCAACGACUAUUACGAGUACUUUGGACCAGACUACAAGCUGGAUGUCAAGCCCAGCAACAUGGACAAUGCCAACACGGUCGAGUAUCUGGAAAAGAUCAAGCAGCAGGUCUUUGAAAACCUGGCUCGGUCCAAGGGAGCACCAUCUGUCCAGAUGCAGCCCGUACCCCGUGAUCUUGACCUUUCAGAUGACGAGGAUUUGGAUGAUCCCGAAAAACGGAUCCCACAGAGAUUGUGGGAUAAGAGGGUGGUGCCAGAGAACGAGUUUGAAGAGUCAGAGGACGAGGAGACGAACGCGCUGCACGGAGUGAGAUAUGCAAAGUCGUUGCGACAUGGACGGGCCUCCAAGGCCAACAAUCAGGAACAACCACCACGUAUACGCGGAACUGUCGACUCUUUGCCUGCCGCCGCCACAAAACUUUCACAUCCUUCUACAGCUGCAGCAUCUGGUACUAGUAGCAACGGCCAGUAUCUUCAGAAUGGAACUGCGGCCAAUGGUACGACUAAAGCGGCAGAGGAGGUUGAGACGGAUGGUGAUGUUGUGAUGGAUUCUGGAUCUGCUUCUUCGGCAGCGGCAGCAGCAGUACCGCCUACAGAGGCGACGUCGGCCAAGGAUGCUGAGAUGGCGGAAGCGCCUUGA